AUGUUAAAUCCGUGUCAAGACCGUCGAAUAAUUCAGAUUUUGAACAGUGUUAAUAAGAAACCACAGAAUUCUCACUGUGGAGAUACUAAUAAUCAGAAGUACCUAAACCAGGAGCGCUAUAGUCCAUCUUAUGGAAAGAAGUCACGAUGUUUCAAUUAUGGAACAAAAUAUGUGGGUGGAAAUGGUGAUCGGGCAUUCGCGGGUUGUUUUGAAGUGAAGUGUAGUCUUGAAUUCAAACAUCUAGUUUACUUCCGUGGUGAGUGGCGUGAAUGUCCAAGAGACGGUGGUAUUAUGAAAAUAGCUGAAUAUAGAACUAGCCAUGAUUGGAUCCAAUGUCCACGUUUUCAUGAUGUAUGCUCUGUUAAAAAAAUACGAGAAAGAAACGAAAGGAGAGAGAAUGAACGAAAUCUUAUUACGUAA